AUUUGUUAUUACUCUACACUUGGUAUGAGUCAGGAUGUCUUCCGCAUAUGCAACUCAAUAUCUGAAACCAGAUAAUGCAUUGAAGAGAGCCGAAGAACUUAUUUCAUUGGGAUAUAAGCAAAAAGCCCUUGAGCUAUUACAUCCGGUCAUUUUGAGUCCACGUUGUCGAUCAUGGACCAAGCCGAUCGAGACUCUGAUAAUCCGUUUUUUGGGCCUAUGUGUCGAGCUGCGACAAAGCGAACUUGCAAAAGAGGCUUUGUAUCAGUUCAAAAAUACAUCUUCUUCGGUACCUAAUUCGAUGGAAGUGGUGGUAAAGUUUUACUUGCAGAAGGCAAAAAACGCAGCGCACGAGGCGCAAAUGAAAGCCGCUUCAAUAGGUGCAUCGAAUGUAAUGAAUCAGGAGUCAGAGGCUAUGGAUGACUUGACCGAUCAAUUACUUCAGGUGUCAGGUGAAGAUAGCAAAGAGAGAUCGGAACGUAUGCUAGAUCGCGGAAUCGUGAUGCCAUGGCUCCGAUUUUUGUGGGACGCGUAUCGGUCAGUCUUGGACGCAUUGUAUCGUAAUUCCCGUUUAGAGCAUGUGUACAAGUCUACAGCAGAGCAAGCAUAUGCAUUUUGCCUAGAAAAUGGAAGAAUAUCUGAAUUUCGCAGUCUCAAUGAUCACCUGCGCUUGCAUAUGAACUCACACCAAAGCCAUUUACUGGACAUUUUUGAGUCAUUUCAAAUGCUUUUGGAAAUUCGAUUUAUACAGUUGGAUACGGCAAUUAAGUUGGAAUUAUGGCAAGAGGCGUUUCGAACUGUAGAAGAUAUAGAAGCGAUGAUGAGAGAAAGUAAGCAUGAACCACCUAUCGGUUUGCUCGUCAUUCUAUUCGAAAAGAUAACUCAAAUUUUUUGGAUGUCGGAGAAUUACACAUUCCAUGCGCAUUCGAUAAACAAGUACUACCGCCUUUAUUUGGAAAUGAAGAACAAGUACCGACAGGGUCAGCAGGGGACAGGGGGGAAUCUAGAUGAGCAGGCGAAAAAAAUCUUAGAAAGCACGGAUGAAAUGGUGCUGGCAUCGAAAGCGCUUUUGGCUAACCUGUCUAUGCCGAUUCAGAGUUACACUUCGGUUCAGCCGAGAUAUUUAGCAGAAAUGGAGCAUCAAAAUGUGCCCUUUUCUGUAAUAAUGCAUCGAGAGACGAAGAUGAAGACGAGUUGGGAGGCGCAGAACUUAGGAUUACGAAGUCUUGAUAUAGAUUUGCUUUUAAGUAAUGGUCCAUCGAAUCCACCAGGGGGAACUACAAGCAUGUUUUGGCAGCACGGAGCGGAAAUCGACAUGACUUCUGAGAAGAUGCAUCGCUUUUUGAAUUUACUGGAUGCCGUGAAUUUAGACAGAGAGGCCGUUUUGCAGGAAUACAUGGGUCGUGUGGAUUUGUCUAAAGAAGUAUAUCCGGAGUUGGCCAAUGCGUAUCAGUUAUUAGAAGUUGAGUUUAUUCGGCUACCCUUAAUUGAACAAAUUUCCAAUUUGUUGAAAUUUAUCGAGAAGACGAAGCCACUCCAGCAAUAUAGUAAGACAAUGUCUCAGCUUGCAUUCUUGCGUAUCUUGCAGAACCUGAGUCGGGUAUACCACACAUUGCGGUUAUCAAACCUAAAGAAGUGGAUUCCGUUUGUACCUGAGUCUGAACUAGAAAGGUGGAUUAUUCGUGCGAUUCAGAAUCGUCAUAUUGAAGGGAUGCUGAAUCACAGUCGCGAUUUGAUUACAUUUGAGAAUGCACUGGAAACAACAAGUUUAAACAAUCAAGUUUUUUGUUGGCAACUGAUGAAAGCAGUAAGACAGAUGAAUGAGGCGGCAGAAAUAUACACGGUACCGAUGGAAGACAAAGAAGCUCAGCUGCGGGAAAAGAAGGCACUCUUUACAGAAAUGGCGAAACAGCUGGAGAAGGAACGAGAAGAGUUACUGGCCCGCCCGCAAAUAAUAGAAACGGCUACGAUCGAACGAGAGCAACAGCUAGAGGAAGGGCAACAACACCAGAAGAAGCUAGCACAGGAGCAGUUGCAGAAACAGCGGAAAGAAGAAUUAGAGCGACAACAAGCUAAAAUGGCUGCAGCCGAGGCUAAGAAGGACGCACAGAAAAAAGCGGAGAUGGAAAGACAGCAGAAGCUGUCUAUAUUGGCUAAGUUUGAGGAACAAGCACAGAAGAAAGGCGCAAAGCUUAGCGAUGCGCUGAAUAAGAAGCUCGAAUCUGGCAUGGUUGACAUGGAAACGUUUAUUACAGGCCAGGCUAAGGUGAUUGUUUCGGAAUACAAUCGUUUAGAAAAGCGACUGAAGGACCUAAACGAGCGUUUAGACCAUUUAGCUCGAGCUCGUAAGAACUGUGAAAUACCCUUGAUUAAAAAGAUCCAGGCUCAACGAGUAGAAAGAGACAUGAUGUAUCGUGAGGAGAAGCUGAAGGUGUUCAGAAAGUCGCAUGAAGAUGCGUACAAGAUGUGGAUGGAAGAAAAGAAACGGCUGGAGAAGACGCAGGAGGAGCGUCGUAAGUUGGAGGAGAGGGUUUUGAAACAGAAGCGCGAAGCAUUUGAGCAGGCAAUGAGGGAAGAGAAGGAAAGAAAAGAGCUAGCGAUGAAGGCUGAGAGACAGCAGAAUCAAGAAAAGAUAAACGAGAUAGAAAGAUGGGAUCAGAACAGGCAAAUGUCAGGAGACUAUCAGAAACGAAUGCAAGAUUCUAGGAUGUCUAGGGGUACAGAAAUGUGGCCGCAGGAUGGCAGAGUGUCUAGAGCUGAUGAAAGGCUGCCGAAAGAAUCCCGAAUGCCUAGAUACGAUGAGGCGAUGAGAGCCAAAGGUACCAAAGUGCCUGGUGACGAUGAACAACGGGUACAGGACUCCAAAAUGUCUAGAAGCGAUGAAAGGUGGGUACAAGAUGUCAGGCCUGUACCUAGCAAUGCUGAAAAAAUAUCUCAAGCUGCCGGAUUGGCAACAGCGUCCGCUGUCAAUGUCCAAAAGGCCGCAGCACAAGAAGCUGAGUCAGCCGCGGUUCCUGGAAUCAGUAAAGUAGAGAAAAAAGAAACCGUAUCUCCUUCAGCGCCCGAGGCAGAAAAAGCACCACAGAAGACAGGUGACGUGACAGCAACUAGCGAGGUCGGAAAGGUGUCAUGGGGAGGUGAGCCACCAACACCUAAGGAUAGAGAGAAAUCCCUCCCACAACCCAAAUCGGCCAGCGAUGCUGAGAGGGCGGCCCAAGAUGCUAGGAUGUCCAGAAGCAAUGAACCAUAUAAACAAAACGUCAAAUCGCCUAUCAGUGCAGAAGGGAGAUGGGUACAAAACGAGAGACCGCCUAUUAGCGAGGGAAGACGACUGCAAAACGAGAGACCACCUGAGGAAAGAUGGGUACAACAUGAGAGACCGCCUAUUAGCGAGGGAAGACGACCACAAAGCGAUAGACCGCCUAUCCAUGAAGAGAGAUGGGUACAACAUGAGAGACCACCUAUUAGCGAGGGAAGGCGACCGCAAAGCGAUAGACCGCCUAUCCACGAGGAAAGAUGGGUACAACACGAGAGACCGCCUAUUAGCGAGGGAAGACGACCGCAAAGCGAUAGACCGCCUAUCCAUGAAGAGAGAUGGGUACAACACGAGAGACCGCCUAUUAGCGAGGGAAGACGACCGCAAAGCGAUAGACCGCCUAUCCACGAGGAAAGAUGGGUACAACACGAGAGACCGCCUAUUAGCGAGGGAAGACGACCGCAAAGCGAUAGACCGCCUAUCCAUGAAGAGAGAUGGGUACAACAUGAUAGACCGCCUAUUAGCGAGGGAAGACGACCACAAAGCGAUAGACCGCCUAUCCAUGAAGAGAGAUGGGUACAACAUGAUAGACCGCCUGUCAAUGAAGGAAGGUUGCCACAAGACGAGUGGUCGUCUAGCGGCAUGAGGAGAAGGAUGCCUGGCUCUAGAAAAUUUGGUUCUUCCAAUUUCGGACCACCUGGGUCUAGAAAUGCAUUUAGCACUAUGUCUCGAAAUGAGUCUGGAUAUGGGAAGGACAGAUAUGGAAGUGAAUAUGGCAGAGAUAGGUAUCCCGGCGGUGGAUACAACCGCCCAGGUGCGGAUUCUGACAAUUGGCGCGAAGAUAGGAGUACAAACAGGCCUCCACCUAGAAGUCAACAAGCACAACAACAACCUCAACCUCAGCUUCCACCUAGUUCUGGUGCGAAAAGCUAUAGAGACUCAAUCGUAUCGGAGAAAAAAGUGGAUUCACCUGGCGAACAAAGGACAGAGAGCACAAGAGUAAAUAAAGCUCAAAACUAGUCCAAAAAGAGAUAGUCUCGCUAGAAAUUUCUUCUGUCCAAAAUUCUCGCAUCUGUGAGAUGGUGUUACCUAUUCACUGCAAACCUCUUCCACACAGAUGAACCAGCAAAAAAAAUCAUAACUGCUUUGGCAUUUUUAAGCGCUCUCUUCGCUGCUAAUUUAUACGAUCUAUACGACCAUUCUAUAUAUCAUCAA